GCUCAUUCCCCCUUAUUUCAACACUACCUGCUGUUGUAAAUAGUCUUACCUUGUCUUCCCUUGCUGUCCCAUGGCAGCCGCCCCAGCAGAGAGCUCCAGGAGCCAUGGGAAGGGGCUGGAGCAGAGCCAGAGCCACAGCAGCUCUGCCUUGGACUAUUCAGGAGACACCUUUGAGUCCUUCAGCGAGGAGGAGGAGAGUGAAGCCCCUGGAUGCUGGUGUUCCACAGAGGAUUUGGAGGGGGCAGCUGUGUCAGAGGCUUUGGAAAGCUCAGCAUCACUGGCAGGGCAAAGUGCUGCAGAGGAGGAGUCUGAAGCAGUGGAUCCUGCAGCUGUGGAAAGAGCUGCCAUAGGAAAAUGGAUUGAUACCAUGGGAAAGUGGAUUGAUCUGAAAAAUAAAGACACUGGGAUUAGGCCAGACAAAUCUGCCAUCACAACUCCUGCUGGAAUUUCUGGGCUCUCCCAGGCAGAGCUGGGGGCUCUGAGCCGUUUCUGCAGCAGCAGGAUCAGCAGCAUGCAGCAGCAGCAGGCACACAGGGGCAGGAGGCUGCACUGGGGAGCCCCAGCAAGGCAGACUGAGCCAGGACAGUCCUGUGCUGUUCCUGCCCAGCUGAUGAACAGGAUCCUGCUGGAAAACACCAGGGAGGCUCUGAAACAGGUGACAGAAGCUGAAGUCCAUGAGGUUUCAACCUGUCCUGGCUGCCAGCAGAAGGAAGCAGAGCUGGCCAAGGUUGCCUUUCUCAGGAAAAAGAAGACUCUGCUGGAAGGUGCUUUAAUCCAAGAGAAGCUGGAAGAACAGUUUUACUCCAGGGACAUGCUCACACUUCUAGGAGAAGCACUCAGAAGCUUUCCCAAACCUUCAGAGGAUCCCAGGGAUUUGUGGCAAAGGCUGAAGGGUCAGGAGUGGAAAGACUGAAUGGAUCAUAACUCCAGUGGGUGAAGAACUGGGAGAGCCUCCUGUGGGCAGUCAGCUCCAGAAUUCCAAUAAUUUUGGAUCUGAGCUGCUGUGGCAGUGAUGGAUUGGGUGCUGCUUUAAUAUUCCUGCAGGUGGAACCAGAUCUGCCUGGCUGGGCUGUGAGUCAACCUCUCCUCAAUGCAAAUGUUGCAGGAUAUUGUAAUCCAUCUCCAUGGGUUUCUCAAAUUCCAGAAGCCAGCAGUUUCCAUUAUUAAUCUGGCAAGGCAGAAGAAUUGUUUUUUGGGGGAUUGCUGUGGGAUUGCAGAGCAGCUCCCAGCUCCCUCCAUCCAUAAGGAAAAUAAAUGAUUCUGUUUGCCAGGGCAGGGAGGUGUAAUCACUGCAUCUCAGCUCAGGCUUUGCCCACUGCCUCAUGGUAAAUUGAAAGUGAGAGCCCCAGGUGGAAGACAAAAAGCAAAGUUAACUAUAAAAAGCAGUAAAAUGAAAUGAAGUAUUUAUAGAAGGGAAUUAAUGAGGUUGUAACAGAAAUUAAUCAGCAGGGCUGGGGGUGCCAAUGGGAUGAGAAAUGAUAAUAAAUUAAUCAUGGAAUCUAUAUAGGAUAGAGAAAAACAAGCAACAAAUGAAAACUGGGAGAAGAAUUGCAAGAAAAUACUUGGGAAUUUGUUGUAAUUUUUCAAGAUGAGGAAAUCACUGUUGUUCAAAGAUGAUCUGGGGUUCAGUACACAUCCAAAUAAAUGGAAUUAUGAUGGGAAUCUUUGGGUUAGACAGUGAAAUCAUCCUCACUGUGCCCUCCAAAGCCUGGUGCUGCUCUGUGGGCACCCCUGCAGCCCUUUGUGACCAAAGCUGACAGCAGGGGCUCAGGCCUGACUCUUCUCAGCCUCCCAUUUCCUGACUUCUCUGCAUUCCCAUCUCUGUGGAAACCUUGGAGGGACAUCCCUAUCUCUGAACCCACACUGUAUUUUUGUGCCAAAGCAGAGGGAAUUAAAUCCCCCUGUUGCAUUUUCU